CGUCAUAAAAUCGCUUGGGUCGCCGAAAAAAACGAAGCUUUCAGAGUCGGUCUGUAUUUUUCGUCAAUUAUUUUGAUAUUUAAGACGCUCCAAGAGAUAUUUUAUCGAAAUUUGGUGAGAUAAUCAUUGACAAAAAUCAUCAAGAAUGAAUAGAAGUUACAGAAAUACGCCGCAACAACGUAAUACCCGUCAAAAUCCGAUUCAAACAACCAACUUCGUUUCCGGGGGAUUCACCCAAGUUGGGCAUCAAACGGUACUUUCUCCGGUUCAACCUGCGAAGCCGCAAGUAGUUCAGCAACAACAACCAGUUCAAGUCCCAGUUCAGCAAGAAGCUGCUAAAGUUGCUCAGCAAGACGUUCCAAUGGCUGCCGAAACGGAAAAUGGAAGUGCGGAAAAUGUUAAAAUUGUGAAAUUUCAUGCAAGGAGUGGCAAAGUUAGUGCCAAAUUGCGACGAGCCCGUGCAAAUCGGCGUUUACGCAAGCUGUUGUGCCCCAAGACUGCUGUCAUGGCACUGCAUGAGCUGCGUAGCAAAGAUGUCGAGCUGGACUUUAAAGUAAGCGACAACCCAAUUAACGGUCAAUUCAAAGCUGAAACAGUUUACGAAGGAAAAACAUAUGUUGGAUUUGGUGCAGGGAAACAAGCUGCUCGCAAUAACGUAGCAGAAAAAAUCUUACGCGACAUGGUAAUUGAACGCAUGAAGAAAAACCCCAAAAAAUCCGAGACAGAUGGCGCUGUCAAAAAGGAAAAUGGAAAUGAUUCCGCUGACGGAGCUGAUAUCGAAAUGGCUGACGUCACAAACGAAGACGAAGAAGUCCCCAUGACACAUUUGGCAUCUUACGCCUUGCACAAGCUCUUCGCUGAAUGGGCAAAAGAAGGAUAUGAAGUCCCAGAUUUUCGUGCUCCGCCUCCUUUGACCGUUGGAGAUCAUACUGCUUCCGCUGCCGCAAGCGGAAAUGCAAAACCCCAUGCUGGUUCGCCGAAAAUUCGUACAGAAUUACCGCCAGCUCCGGAGAAACUUCAUCCAGCGAUGUUGUUGCAAAUAAUGCGCCCCGGGACGCAAUAUACUGAAUUGGGAUCGCAGGGAAUCACGCCGAAUAUUUUCCAUGCGAUCGGCGUGACUGUUGAUGGGCAACAGUACAUUGGCAGUGGCAAAAGUAAGAAGAUUGCGCGAAAGGAAGCCGCUCGGAGUGCAUGUGAAGCUAUUUUCAAGGUCAAAUUUGAGGAUGAAAGUGAACAAGCAAUGUCACAAUAAGAAAAUUUUACGCAACUUAUACAUACAUUACUUUUUAGCUACAAACCGUUCCAAGAAUUUAUUGGAUGAACGCAUGAGAUUGACUUUUUAAAUGAAUUUACUACUACAUUUACUUCUACCUUCCAGAAAUCCUACCCUUAUAUGGAAAUAUUUAAUAACUGACAAAUUUUCAGCAAAAUUUAUUACUGAAGCUCAAAUUUUGAAGAAACCCCCGAAUUAAGAACAAAAAAACAUAAUAGACAAGUAUGCUACUUAAUAAA